AAGAUCCAAAAAAGUUUGGCAUCUCAAUUUGCCUGCGACGACCCUCAAAAUUCGAAACCAACCAAAUCUCACACACAGAAGAGAGAGAAACUUAGAGAGAGAGAGAGAGAGAAACUCGGAGCGAGAAACACUCACUCACCCUCAGAGAAGAAGAAGAGAGAAGAAGAGACAUUGAUGGCGGAUGCGAAGGAAGAGAGUAGUAAAUCUAGCACCGGCGGUGGCGGUGGCGAGGAAGAGGAGAGUGUGAAACUGUUCGUAGGGCAAGUGCCGAAGCACAUGACGGAAGAUGAACUGCUCACAAUGUUCAAGGAGUUCGCCUUGGUCGAUGAAGUCAACAUCAUCAAGGAUAAAGCCACACGCGCUUCUCGAGGUUGUUGCUUCGUGAUUUGUCCUUCCAGAGAUGAAGCUGAUAAGGCAGUCAAUGCGUGUCACAACAAGAAAACGCUACCCGGGGCAUCUAGUCCGUUGCAAGUGAAGUAUGCAGAUGGCGAGUUGGAAAGAUUAGAACACAAGCUCUUCAUUGGCAUGCUUCCAAAAAAUGUUUCUGAAGUUGAAGUAUCCGCACUUUUCUCCAAUUAUGGAACUAUAAAAGAUUUACAGAUUUUAAGAGGUUCUCAGCAAACAAGUAAAGGUUGUGCAUUUUUGAAGUAUGAAACCAAAGAUCAGGCUCUUGCUGCUUUGGAGGCAAUCAAUGGAAAGCAUAAAAUGGAGGGAUCUAGUGUUCCUUUAGUUGUAAAAUGGGCUGAUACUGAAAAGGAAAGACAAGCUCGAAGAGCUCAGAAAGCGCAGUCCCAAGCUUCUAAUGUACCUCAUGCUGAUUCUCAGCACCCCUCAUUGUUCGGAGCCAUGCCUAUGGGUUAUGUUCCUCCUUAUAACGGAUAUGGUUAUCAGGCUCCUGGCAGUUAUGGGCUCAUGCCAUACCGGAUGCCACCAAUGCAAAAUCAACCUGGUUUCCAUAAUAUGAUGCCUCACAUGAAUCACGGGAAUGCAUUGCGGCCCGAUCUUGGUCCUAGUAUGAACCCUAGAAAUUAUCAUGUGCCCCCGGCAAGUUAUGUUAGCUCUUAUCCUGCUGUGCCAGGUCUACAACAUCCAAUGGCGUAUCAUGCAGGAAUGAUUAGUCCAAGGCCUAUGAGUAGUCCUCCUGGUUCUGUUUCACCUGCUGGUGGAAAUAGCAACUCUGGUACACCUUCAGGACCAAGUAAAAAUUCCGGGGGUCAAGUUGAAGGUCCACCUGGUGCCAAUCUAUUUAUUUAUCACAUACCUCAAGAAUUCGGAGAUCAAGAUCUUGCCAAUGCUUUUCAACCAUUUGGUAGAGUUAUAAGCGCUAAAGUUUUUGUUGAUAAAGCAACCGGUGUUAGUAAAUGUUUUGGGUUUGUUAGCUAUGAUUCACCAGAAGCUGCUCAAUCCGCCAUUAGUAUGAUGAAUGGAUAUCAACUAGGAGGUAAGAAAUUAAAGGUUCAACAUAAGAGGGACAACAAACCGGGUAAACCUUACUGAUGAAGCUGAACAAUGGGGGUUUUGUAUAAUUCACAUUGUAAUUCAUGACCACUCUGAUGUUAAUACAAUUUGUAAUUUCUGUAACAUCAAAGUUCAUUUAGACAUUGAUUAUUAAUUUAUUGAUUUUUCUUUCAGAACUUGUAUUGAUUGUAUUAUCUUUUUUAGUUUUAAUUCCAGGAUCAGAGGACAACUUUCCGUUUGGCUCCCUUGGACAACAUCCAUGGUCUUCCAUUUUCAACUUAUUUCUUACCUUUUGUGUAUAUUUAGUAAGGGAUAUUGUUUCCAUAUCAGCCACGGUCUCUUUUUUA